GCCCUUUACCUCCUCCUCCUUUCUGCUUGGUUCUGGUUUUUGGCUUAUCUGUUAUAUGUUGUUGAUUGUCACCUGCAUAUAUACUUCUUAGCUGUACCUUUCAUAAAUUCCUGAACUAGAAUUUUAAUCAACUUUAUGGAUCCACAUAAUUCCAGCCCUGGCCAGUCUUAGACUUGGGACCCACCUAUGAUUAAAGUAAUGGGGGAAUUGUACCAUACAGAGAGGAUACAAAACAGCUAUUCAACAAUAGUUAUGAACUCCCGGCUACGUGCUUUGGGUGGGAGAAUAAAUAAUAUACGCGUCUCAGAACUGCCAAAAGAGAAGACACGAUCAGAAAUCAUCUGUAAUCUUCACUUCUUAGAUGGCGUGGUACAGACCUUCAAAGUUAAUAAACAAGAUACUGGUCAAGUUCUAUUGGAUAUGGCUUUUAAUCACUUGGGUAUAACAGAAAAAGAAUAUUUUGGUUUGCAACAUGGUGAAGAUUCAGUGGAUUCUCCUAGAUGGCUUGAAUCUGGUAAACCAAUCAGAAAACAACUCAAAGGACCUUUCCCCUGUACCCUGAAUUUUCGAGUAAGAUUUUUUAUACCUGAUCCCAACACGUUGCAGCAAGAACAGACAAGGCACUUAUACUUCUUGCAACUGAAGAUGGAUAUUUGUGAAGGAAGGUUAACAUGCCCUCUUAAUUCUGCAGUAGUUCUCGCAUCAUAUGCAGUACAAUCUCACUUUGGAGACCAUAACUCUUCACUGCAUCUUUCAGGAUAUCUUUCCGAUAGCCAGUUUAUACCAGAUCAGAGUAAAGACUUUGUAACCAGAGUAGAGUCACUGCAUGAACAGCACAGUGGCCUAAAGCAAUCUGAAGCAGAAUCCUGCUUUAUUAACAUUGCCCGAACGCUAGAAUUCUAUGGAGUGGAAUUGCACAGUGGUAGAGAUCUGCAUAAUUUAGAUCUGACGAUUGGAGUUGCUGCAGCUGGCAUUGCCGUUUACCGCAAACAUAUCUGCACAAGUUUCUAUCCUUGGAUGAACAUCCUAAAAAUCUCCUUCAAAAGAAAAAAGUUUUUUAUACAGCAACACCAAAAGCACAAUGAAGCCAGAGAGCACAUCAUUGCCUUCAAUAUGCUAAAUUAUAGAUCUUGCAAAAACUUAUGGAAAUCCUGCGUGGACCACCAUACAUUUUUUCAGGCAAAGAAAACAAUAUCUCGUGAAAGAAAUAUCCUAGCCCAGUACUGGACAUUAGGUUCUAAAAAUCCCAAAAAGUCUUUAAACAACCAGUACUGCAGGAAGGUGAUAGGUGGGAUGGUAUGGAACCCAACCAAGAGGAGAUCUUUAUCAGUAGAGCAUUUAGAAACCAAAAGUCUUCCUUCUCGAUCUCCUCCAAUUACUCCCAACUGGCGAAGUCCUAGGUUACGUCAUGAAAUUAGAAAACCACGGCAUUCAUCUGCGGAUAACCUUGCAAGUGAAACAACAUACCUUACAGAAACGGAAGAUGUAUUUUAUACCUACAAGGUUUCUCCAUCCUCAAAAGACAGCGAUUCAGAAUUUUCACAGAACCGAAGUCCACAGAGACAGAAUGAAUCGGAAGACAGCCCAAACUCUCAGACCCAGACAUCGUCCAGUACCUUAUCUCAGUUUGUAAAUGCUCCAGGUUGCUGUUCCAUCGAUGGGGUAGAUCAUCAAGUUUUAGACACUUAUACCAGUGUUCGUAAAGGCAGCUUCGCAGAAGAUUCUAAUCAGGACUACUAUGAUAAGAAUGAAGGUGGUGAUGGUUAUCUACUCCUGGUGUGUAUUACUCCAGAUGAAGAUGGAAAAUUUGGGUUUAAUCUUAAGGGUGGUGUUGAUCAGAAAAUGCCUCUUGUGGUAUCAAGAAUCAGCCCAGAGUCACCGGCUGAUAAAUGCAUUCCUAAGCUGAAUGAAGGGGAUCAAAUAGUACUUAUAAAUGGCAGAGACAUCUCAGAGCACACCCACGAUCAAGUGGUGAUGUUUAUCAAAGCCAGCCGGGAGUCGCACACAAGAGAACUGGCACUAUUGAUCAGGAGGAAAGUUGUCCAUUCAUUUGCUGAAGCCAAAUCAGAAGAUGAAAUAAACUGUCAACUUUUCCCGGAGUCCAUUCUCCCUAUGAAUUCAAAGUAUGACACCACCUUGGAAGAAUCUAUAGAGCAACUAAAGGAAGGCCUAGAAAGUGGGACCGUACUUAUGCAGUUCGAGCAACUGUAUAGAAAGAAGCCAGGUUUGCCCAUCACAUUUGCAAAACUGUCUCAAAAUCUGGACAAAAAUCGCUACAAAGAUGUGCUGCCUUAUGAUACCACUCGGGUAUUAUUGCAGGGAAAUGAAGAUUAUAUUAAUGCAAGUUAUGUGAAUAUGGAAAUUCCUUCUACGAAAAUUGUGAACCAAUAUAUUGCCACACAAGGUCCCCUUCCACAUACCUGUGUGCAUUUUUGGCAAGCAGUCUGGGAUCAUAAGUUAUCACUUAUCAUCAUGCUGACCACGCUCACAGAACGAGGACGGACCAAAUGUCAUCAGUACUGGCCCGACCCUCCAGAUGUCAUGGAAUAUGGGAACUUCCGUAUCAAAUGUCAGUCAGAAGUUUGCACCAUUGCCUAUGUUUUUAGAGAAAUGCUGGUCACAAAAAUUGAGACAGGGGAAGAACACACAGUUACUCAUCUCCAGUAUGUCGCUUGGCCUGAUCAUGGGGUUCCAGAGGAUUCAUCAGACUUUUUGGAAUUUGUAACCUAUAUGAGGGCAAUGAGAGUAGAAAAUGAGCCCAUCUUAGUUCACUGCAGUGCUGGAAUAGGUCGAACUGGUGUGUUGGUCACUAUGGAAACAGCCAUGUGUUUAAUUGAAAGAAGCCAGCCUGUUUAUCCAUUGGAUAUUAUCCGAAAAAUGAGAGACCAGCGUGCUAUGAUGGUGCAGACAUCAAGCCAAUACAAGUUUGUGUGUGAAGCUAUCCUUCGUGUCUACCAAGACGGUCUGGUUCAGCCACUAGAUUCUAGCUAACGUGACUGUUCACCAUUUCUCAAGAACAUCAGUCGUGGGAGCAGGACACAUUGGACUGGAAUCAACAAAAUGGAUCCACAGAGGCGAUAAGAAGAGAAUGAGAACCUUUGAACUCUGCACUUUAAAUUUCCGUAGAAAGAAAAAAAAAGCAUUUUGUAUAUAGGAACACGUAGACACGUGUGCAUGCGGUUGUGUGUAAUACCAUUCAUACGCAUAUGUGUGGACGGAAACUUCAGUGGUAUGCUGCUUGCUUCUGUUAUCCAAUGGAGAAGUAAUCAAAAGGAAAGAAAUACUGAAGGGGAGCUCAUGGCCUCUGUCUUACUUGCCUUUAAAAGACUUUCCUGUAGGCAGUCAUAAUAACCCUAGUAGCCAUCAUUUUGCUGAGCAUUCAGAAACUAAGUAGCAUUGGUUAUUUUAGGCUUAUCAAGUAUUUUGUUUAAGAAAAAAAAAAUACUAAAGGCUAAGUGUUUUAGGCUUCUAGAAAGAGUUGGAACAAUUAGAGGAUUAAUUCUCUCUCCCAGCGUUAAAAACUGCAUAUUUGUCAAUGGAUCUGUGAUUUCAUUUGUCUGGGUGCUCCCUCCAUGCUUUCUUACCUUAUUCACUUUUUUUUAUCUGUGUUUAUGUCUUCUUUAGAGGAUCCUGCCCAAUGCACUAAAAACCUUCCUCUAAGUUGUCUUUUUUUUUUUAACAUUUUGUGAAUACCAUUGUACUACGUAGUAUACCAGCUCAUCUGUUAUCUCUCAGCCUCGCUUACAUGAUAGAUGGGCCCACACCCUUUUCCUGUUGUACAUACCCUCAGUGUUCUGUUUCACACCACUUUUUAUACACAAAUCAUCAUUGUGAUAUGCUGCAGCCUUCUUACACUUUACCUUGUGUUUUUCCAUUGCCCUGUGAGUUGUCCACCAUUUUGAUUCCUCUGAUAUCGUGGUGUUCCAAGAUUUGCUGUCAUAAAACAUCACUGGGAAGAGUAUUGAAGGUUAAAAAAAAAAAAGACGGAUUUUUAAUUCAGGGAGUAGAAACCCUUGAAAGAAUGCCAGUAAUACUGGUAAAUAGUGAAUAUUUAUUCACUAAAUAUAAUAGACAUGCAAGGCCUAAUAUAAUACAUAUUCAGCUAAAGAACAAGGCAUGCUAAGUCUAACAUUGUUUAUUUGUUUUUAUGCCUUCAGGUGUUAAAUCAUUCAGAUGUUAAUAUUUUUGAGAAUUGUGUCCCAAGCCUCCCUUCUUGCCUCUCCCUUUCACCUCCUUUUUCUGGCUUGUACUUAAAUAUGGAAACCAGAUAACAUUUUUUCUUUUUUAUUUUAUUUACAAAUUCUAAACUUAGAUUCUGAGAUUUAGUCUUCUCAGUUUCUCGAUUUUAUUUAUUAGUGUUAGAUACAGUUUGUGAAUUGAUACUAUGUCACCUUUUCUCUCUGACUUGUUUACUGUGCAUUCAAAAUCCAGUACUGGAAAAUGUCUACUACUGAAGCUACUCAACGUUUUGCUGCUACUUCAAACUGUUAAACAUGGGGAAAAAACUAUGCUAUUAGUGUGGGGAUGAUACGGUGGAAAUAACUCAGUCUUUGGCCUUUCUGAAAUUUUUUUUUUUAUCCAGUUGACCAUGGGAAACACAAAUAUCCCAAGGGAUGUGCCCUUGUGUACGAGUGCGUGUGUGUGUGUGUGUGUGUGUGUGUGUGUUUUUCGGGGGCAAUUUAAUACAAGUUAUGGAUGAGUUAUAAAAUCCGGGUUUCUGUAUAUAUAUGAAAGACUGUACACUUUCACCCUUAAUACAAUGGUCUCAAUUUCAUUUCAAAAGGGAGGAUCAGACCAUCUGAAUGGUAUAAACACAAUGUUGAUGUUAAUUUAUUUGAGCACAUCUUACUUGUAAUUGUACUAGAGAAUUCUGCCUCUGUUAAUAAUAUUGUUAAAUUUUUUUUUAAAUAUAUGAUAGAAUUAUAACAAAUAUUAUUUAAGGAAAAUAAUCUGAAGAUCUUAAUGUGGUAUACAAUGUAGACAUUUAUAUGCAUUGAAAAAAGGAAGCUAGCCAGUUUCUUAAUGAAUAAAGAUGCUUUCAUAUGAUUA